AUGCUGGAUUCCAUGAACCACAUACAAAAUUUAGCUAAUCAUGAAUUGUUAUUACCAAACCGACCCUUUUACGACGAUUUCAUAUAUUUUGUUGGUACGAUAUUUCAUUACUCAUGUUGGUUUGGCAUCGUCGGCUCUGGUCGGCCAGUAUGGAAGGCGUGGAGUUUGAUACUCCUCAUAAUGCUGGUAACAAUCGAGGGUUCAGCUAUUUGGAAGGUGAUACGGGCCUUGGCCGGCUGGGCAGUGGAUGUUUCUGGAAAUAGGAGUGUCACCGCUCGCUUAGCAGGCACUAUGUUCUACGCGAAUUCUAUCAUCUGUCUCGUUUUAACAUCACGAUUGGCAGCAUCUUGGGAGAAGCAGACUGCCCUCUGGAUAGCGGUGGAGAGGGCAAUGACCCUGAAUAUACCACCAGACGCGACCAUCAAGAAAAGAAUGAUCAUUGUUACAAUAGUAAUGUCUGUUUGCGGAUGUGUUGAGCACUUUCUGAGUGUCGUAUCGCAAAUAGACUUUAACUUGCCAGCGUCGACUAUACUCAAGCAAUAUAUUCUCAGCUCACACGGAUUCUUGUUCAUGAAAUCUUCCUAUUCCUGCUGGUUAGCCCUACCGCUCCUAUUCAUCAGUAAUAUAGCCACGAUCCUAUGGGGUUUCCAAGAUUUCAUUAUAAUUGUUAUCAGCAUGGGGCUAACUUCACGUUACCACAGACUCAACCAAUUUGUAGCCAAGCUGUGCGCACUUGAGAAGCAGAAUCGUGAAAGGUGUGAGAAAACGGAGCCAAUCAAAGUGUACACCUGGAGGAAAAUACGAGAAGCGUAUGUGAAGCAGGCGAUGCUGGUGCGCACUGUGAACGACGGGGUCGGCGCUCUCAUCACACUGUCCUGCUUCGUCAACUUCUACUUCAUAAGCUUGCAGCUGUUUUUGGGGAUCACCCAAGGUCUAACCGGAGGCUUGUUGAAACAAGUCUACUACAUAGUGUCACUAUGCUGGGUAGUGAUGAGGAUCAGCGGCGUGGUCUUAGCAGCUUCUGAUGUCAACCUCCACUCCAAGAUGGCGUUGCAAUACCUUCAUGGAUGUAACUUCAAAUAUUAUAAUGUUGAGGUAGACAGACUGCAAAACCAGUUGACAAAAGAUUACGUAGCUCUCAGCGGAAUGGGUUUCUUUACUCUAACCAAAACUAUUCUUCUACAAAUGGCUGGUUCAGUAAUCACAUACGAAUUAGUUCUCAUUCAGUUUGACGACAAAGGAACUAAUGAUUCAGUUAAUGUAACAAAAUCUUAA